AUGGCCUCACUUCUUUCUUCAUUUCUUCAAAGAGAUCCGAAAUCGCAAUUUCCCUAUGACAUACCAACCGAGCAACAGCACUACUUUGACCGUGUAUCGAUAGGAAAUACAUUUAAAAAGUCAGAUCCAGAUGAGCACGCAACUAUUUUCUGGGAUAACCGAAGUUCGACAUUAAAACAGCAAGCACAGAAAUUAAAGACAAUGAGACAUCCAAAUAUUAUCACUUAUCUUGAUAGUAUUGAAUUGGACGGAACGUUUUAUCUUGUUACGGAAAAAUGUCAACCUCUUCAAUUGUAUUUGGAAAACUCGUCGAUGAGUGACCAACAGAAAGAGUUUGUCGUCUCAUGGGGAAUCUUUCAACUAAUGAACGCGUUGAAAUUCAUGCAUGAAGCGAAAUUAAGUCACGAAAACAUUCGAAAAGGUGUUUAUGUGACUGCUGGUGGCGAUUUUAAAGUCGGAGGGCUUCACCUUGUUACCGGAUUCACAAAUGCUCAAAAAGAUUUGAACCAAUUAGCAAUUUUAAUAUGGGAAGUUUUCAACGGUUUCUCAGACUCGGUUUCAAAACCACAACCUCCCGGAAAAAUUCCCCAACGCUUGCAUGAAUUAUACAAGAAAAUAGCAACAAAUACUGCAGCACGAGUUUCAGUUUCGGACUUGAUUACUGAAAAUCGCAUGACUGGCGGAUAUUUAAAGAAUAAAUUUGUGGAUACUCUACUUUUUCUAGAGGAAUUUCAAUUGAAAGAGUCAUCUGAGAAGCAAUCAUUUUUCAUGCAUUUAAGAGAAAAUCUGGACAUCUUUCCUGAUGAUGUCGCCAAAUACAAGAUUCUUCCAAAAUUAAUUUUGAGUUAUGAGUAUGGAGAUGCUGGUCCUAAUAUAUUAAUACCAUUAUUCAAAUUGGGAAGACUUUUGGAUGAAGCUGAGUAUCAAAGGACAAUUGUUCCCUGCCUGUGCAAGUUAUUUGGAAGUCCUGAUCGAACAACACGUGUCAAACUUUUGGAAAGAAUAGAUGAAUUCGCACCACAUCUCACAUCUCAAGUUCUCAACGAGAAAAUAUUCGGAAACCUUACGUCGGGAUUCUUAGACACCUCGCCGGCUGUUAGAGAAAGCACAGUUAAAGCGAUGGUCUCAUUGGCGGAUAAAUUGAAUUACAACAAUUUGAACGUUGAAUUGAUGAAAUAUUUGGCAAGACUUCAAGGAGGCGAUGAACACGGAGGAAUACGUACGAAUACAACAAUUUGCCUGGGAAAGAUUGGGCAUCUUUUGGCUCCAGCUAAACGACAGGCGAUACUAAUAAGUGCAUUUACAAGAGCGUUGAAGGAUCCAUUCCCUCCUUCCCGAAUGGCUGCAGUCCUUGCCCUAUCUGCCACCCAACAAUUCUAUCCGCUAGUUGAAAUCGCGAAUCGUCUUGUUCCUGCUCUAAUUCCGCUUACUUGUGAUCCUGAAAAACAGGUUCGAGAUCAAGCAUUCAAAGCCAUUCGAGGGUUUUUGGAGAAGCUCGAAAAGGCUAGCGAAAACCCAGCUUUGAUUCCAGAGUUGGAAGCAUCUGUUAAAGCGGGAGCAAGUUCAAUCUUGAAUUCUGACAAGGUACCUCAAUGGGCAAGCUGGGCAUUAAAAUCACUGUCCGGCAAAUUCUACAAAGGAGUCCCACCUCCAGACACAUCAGCCAAUGCGGCCCAAGGCUCUAAUACGAGUGCGUCGAGGCCUACAACACCGAAUACCGCGGCACAGAAAGAAAAAUCUACACUAGUGCAAAAGACUGAAGGCAAGCCAGCUAGCAAUGAUGGUUGGGGAGAUCUAAGUGAUGGUGGUGAAAUGUUUGAUGUUAAAAGUACUAGUGAACCAACAGUCGACGAUUGGUCAGAUUUAUCAAACAACCGAACUUCUUCAAAUGCAAAUGAUGAUGAUUGGGGAGUUGGAUGGGAUACUCCGAUUGCCACUGCGAAAUCGUCACCUGUUCCUCCAGCAAAGAAAACGAGCAACACUCUUGGCGUCAAGAAACCAGCAAUUGGUCGCUUGAAUUUGCCAGGAUCUGGAUCUUCAUUAGCACAAUCAAAGACUAAUAAAGCUAUUGAUAAUAAUAUUGACGCUCUUCUUGGUAUUUCUGCUCCGCCUGGGGGUUCUUCUUCUUCAAAUAAACCGAAGACUCUGAAUGCGCUAAUGAACUCAUCGACUUCUUCGAAUUCCGGCUGGGGAUUUGAUGAUCCACUUGCUAAUUCAUGUUCGGCUAACAAAGGAUGGGAUGAUGAUGGAUGGGGAGAAGUAAAUGUAUCUCCACUACAACCCACACCGGUACUCCAGCCAACAAGGGCUGCAAAUGAUAAAGAGGCUCGUCGGGCUGAAAUAGCUGCUCGCAAUGAAGCUCGUAGAAAGGAUAAUAUGGAAAAGAAGAAAUCAGGAGGCGCUUUGAAAUUAGCCUCAACCGAAAAGAAAAUGGAUGACUUCGCCGACUGGUAA